AUGCGCUUCUCCAAGACUCUCCUGGUCGCCCUCCCCGCGCUUGCGCUCGCCGAGGAGCAAGUGCCUCUGGCCGAGAAGGUCAAGGGCUGGUUUAACAAGGCUCAAGACUACGUCUCGACUGCCAUUCCCGCCGUGCAGUCGCCCAUCGAUGCCGGUGCCUCCAAGGUUGUCGAGAAGGCCGUCGCCAACCUCACCCUGGAGAACUGGCGCGACGUCGUGACCCCCAGCGCCUCUGCUGCCGGCGCCGCCCCCGAGGAGUGGUUGAUUUACCUUACCGGCGGCAACAAGACGUGCUUCGGCCUGUGCGGAAACGUUACUGAGGCCUGGACUAAAUCCGUCCCCCUCCUCGCUGCCAGCCCCAAAUCGCCCAAUCUCGGCCUGGUCGACUGCGAGGCAGAGCCUGUCCUUUGCAACACCUGGGCCGCCGGUCCUCCUUCGAUUUUGCACAUUCUUCUGCCCGCUCCUCUCGAGGAUCAGUCCACCCCAGCCACCACUGUCCGCUUCAUCAACCUGAACAGGACCACGACCACUGCCACGGACAUUGCCAAGAUCUCUCUCGAGGAGAAGUACAAGGAGACCCAGCCCUACGAGGGCAUCUUCCACCCCUUUGAUGGCGCCCUUGUCAAGUACAACGUGGCCGUUCCCGUCGCCUACGUUAUCUGGGGCUUCUCCAAGAUGCCCAGCUGGCUGCCCAUGAUUGCCAUCUCCAUGCUUAGCAGGACUUUUGUCCGGAGGGCCGCCCCCACUCCCGGUGGUCAGCGCCCUGCGCCUGCCGCCGCGCAGUAG